AUGGAAAUCCCAAUAUCGCAACUAAGUUUCAGUGAUAGAGAACAAAGAUAUUACUCAGCCGAAUUCGAAAACCUUACUUCUGAUCAAUUCUGCCCAAUCUUUGAUAGAGAGCUCAAUGGCCAAGCAGCAGCUUCAUUUUUCCGGCUUUUAAAAAUAGAUGAUUCAGAUCUCACAAAGAUCUGAGAAUUAGUGAGUGAAAGACGCUCUUCAAUAAAAUUUUGGAAUUUUAUGGCUGCAAUGCGACUUUGUAGUGCAAAAAAGCAAGGUUUGCCAAUAGUAAAAGAGAAUUAUAUGAAAGAACAAAACAUCCUUGCCAGAAAGAGAAGAGAAUCUUUACAAGCAGCUCAAAAAAUACCUAAUAAGCCUGAUUCUGAAGAAAAUAAGUCAGGAACUUCAUCUGAAGGCGACCAAAAAGUAAAAAGUGCAGAUCGGGCAUCAUCUGAUGGCAAAAUCAAUGAAAUAUUUCCUAAAAUGGAAGAUGCUAAAGAAAGAAGAAUUAUCGAGAAAAAUUAUUUUGAAGAAGAAAAAAACAAAAUUAAUGAUAUCUCUAGAGGAGAAAGCGAUGCAAUGAUUGAAAAAAGGCAAAAUUUUUUGCAGAUGAGACCUGAAAACUCAAAGAAAAUCGCAGCAGAUGAAGAACUAUCAAAUAAUCUAGAAAAAAAUAGAAGGAAAUCAUUAGAAAAUCCUACUGAAAUUCCUUUGCAGAUAAGCUUGGAAAUCCCGAAUAAUAAUGAAAAAUAUAUGCAUGCUAGAUCAUUGACAACUCCUAACCCAUCACCUAUUCCAGAUCCUAUGCCAGACCCUAAUGCUGCCCGAAUUCCUUCAAAUGUCAAUAAAGUUCCUAUUAAAAUGCCAUCUAUUCCCAAACUUUAUGUGUCUCCUCUAGGCAGAAUUGAUGAAGAAGGCAGCGGAAAUUCUUCAAGUUCAAAAGAUCCAGAUAUUACAGUAGAAAACCCAACACUUGUCUCUAGUGGAUGGUUUGGAAGCACUUCUUAUUAUGUAUAUACUGUGACCACAAGGGCAAAUGGAAAAAUCUAUUCAGUGAAGAGAAGAUUUAAUGAUUUAGAUCUGAUGGAAGCUUCAGCCGUCCAUGGCAUCAGAAGUUGAGAAGGAGCUAGGUGUUGUACUAGCUAACUUGUCAAGUGAGAUCUCUACUAUCUAAGCCUCUAUUGUGAAUAGCAAAGCGGAUGAAUUUUCUGCUGAGAUCCGGUGACUGUGAAGCCAAAAGGCAACCUGCCAACUAUUAAUUAAGAUUAAGAUUUAGAUUGGAUGCAUAAUUUGCUUAUAGAAAAAUAUAAAGGGUUUAUUAUACCUCCCAGACCUGAAAAAACAUAUACUGUUUCGGUGAGUGUGUUCUUUUAUAAAUAAACUUUUUCUUUCUAAAUUAAAUAUAUAUUAUUUGCAAAAAAGAAUACAUAAAAACCAUGACAGAGAAAUUUUUAGAAGAAAGAAGGUCCCAAAUGGAGAAGUAUUUGAACAUUAUUGCUAAACACCCUAUCUUAGGAUCCUCAACUGCUUUUAAGGUAUUUACUCAAACUCCUAACGAGAAAUUUGAAAGAGAAAAACAAAAAGCAGAAGAAAGCCACGAAAAUCUAGAAUUCAAAAGCUUAGAAGACGCUUAUGACCAAGUAGUCUCAAUAGUUCAAAACAAGCUCCAGAUUAUGCUUUCACAAAAAAUCAUGCCAUUCAGUAAAGAAAUGUCAAAUAUAGAAGACAAAGUUCUAAAAAUCGAAGCCCCAAUCCAAGCAUUAUCAGCCUCCUUCUCAAAUUGGACACAGCGGCAAUUUGACUCUUUGAAGUCUUUUGAUUCAUUUAUGAUCCCUGACCUUCCUGAUUUUAAUGACCUAAUCCGAAGGUACAAAACCAUUGCCCACACCAACAUAAAUGACCUAAAUAAACUUUCUCUAGAAUUUCAUGAAGAAUUUUUAAGAUUAGAAGGCUUAAAACAAGCAAUAAACUCAUAUAAAAGCACUCUCGAUGAAUAUGCUCAGCAAGAAACUCUUAUAUCAAGAAAACUUUCUAAGCAUAAAUCAAGCUCAGAUGAAGACACAGCAGCUCGAUAUUUAAGUGAAAUCCAAAAGACUCAGGACAACUUGGAUAGGAUCAGCAAAAAUAUUUCACAAAUAGAAGAAAAUUUAGAAAAAGAAAACGCUAGUUUGGAUGAAAAUAGAAGGGUGCAUUUGGUUGAAACUAUAACAGAGAUUGCAAGGAAUCAGAAGAAGUAUUAUGAAAGUGCAAGUACUUUUUGGCAAGAUGCGCUAUACUCACUGGAGGUUUCUAAGGAGAUAUAA